AUGGAGGAUGUCUCCUUGCCCGAGGGUCGUCCCGAGUCCCACUCAGGUACAUCAGGUACACCGCUCGGCUCACACGCAUCCGUGGACCAUUUACCGGUCAAUGUGAUCGAGGACAUCCUCUAUGCUGUUGAUGCGAACACAUUUGCUUCACUUUCUUUGUUGAACCAGAAAUGGAAGCGUAUAUCUGAUUCCGCGGCACUGUAUGCCCACCACUUGUCGCGAUGCCCAUCAUUCUCUUGGGCUCACGGUACUACACCGAUAACCACAGAGGCGGGAAGUCUACCUGUCCUCAAGCGUCUGUUUAUCAAGCAGGUUAGACAGAAUGCAUUUGAUGCGUUUCUGCGGCCCCGCCAAACCCUGGUGAGGUUGAUCUCAAGUUCUAUGAGUUCCUCAACCGCCUUCCCUCAAGGCGAAGUGUUUCGAUUUUCAUUCUCAGCAAAUGGCCAAAUGGUUCUAUGUAUAAGUUCUUCACGAAUUAUCGUACUAGAUGUGGCCGAUGACCCUGUCGCCGUCAAGCAUGAGCUGAAAACCCGCAGGAGACCGCUGGGUGCAACCAUCCGCGAUGAUGGAUCUCUUCUUGCUGUGUUGUCUUCCACGCAUCGGGUACAUCUUUACGAGCUUUCCGAUGAUGCAGCUAGACAUGUCCAAGUCAUCGCGCUGAACGAUGCCCCAAGAGAUAUUGCAUUCUCCCCUACGGGAAGUGUGCUGGCCCUGUCUUUUGAUGAUAGUAUAGAGGUAUAUGCCGUGGGUGAAGAAGCCUUGUCGACUGAUCGUCGGGCAGUGCGUUGUCCGCGUGCCGAUACACUUGCAUUCUCGCCCGACGGAUCGAUGCUUAUUGGAUCCUCAACCGAGCCCUCCAGUAGUGGAAUAAUCACCAUCACUGCUCCUUUUUAUACCGAGACUGGGACGGACGCUUCGCCUGAAGAACUUCACAUGCGAAUGUGGACAACGCAAAUCCUGUUCCCGGAGAUAAAACCUGGAUUUUCUCAUGCGUGUCUUCUUGCUGGCCACGAAGAAUCGGACUCUUCUUGGGUGAUGGGUUACGAUGACCAAUUAGCAUCAUUCAGAAUACUCAAGCUGAACGACGCCGAUGAUGGAAUUGUAUAUCUUGCUAGUCCAUUUUUCCCUGACGAGUCUCGAGAAAUGCGACCCAGCAUGAGACCUGCCAUGGACGAUUCGGGAGAGCUCGUCGCUUUAGGAUUCCAAGACUCGGAAUUGUGGAUAUAUGGGGUACCUGAGCGGUUGGACCUUACUCCCGUGAAAAGCCCAAUUUCGGGCGCUCAAAUCACGAUCACUGGUACUCAGAUUGGUGGCAGUCACCAUUGCGGAGACUGCCCACCUCGCGACAACCUAGCACAGCUUCAAAAAAUAAUCCAACAGCCCAAGAUUCUGAUUCGGGGACGUCGGGUGACUGGCAUGCAUGGAAUAACCUCCGCCCAUUGGGUACGGACGACAGACUCGGUUUCAGACAGCAGAAGGAUGCGCCGCCGGCUGGUAGCGGUAGCACCUGGGGGCGUACGUCCACAGGCAUUGGGCCAAGAGGAUAUACCGAUUGAUGGAGGCCGAAUCUUACUUCUUGAUUUUGAGCGGUCCACGAAGAAUGGCGAUACAAUGGAACUUGACAUCGAAGUUGGAGAAAUGGAACCCAAGAUACUCAUGGAACCAGACUCUUCCUUGGAUACAGAAGUUGAACUUGAGCGAAGACGUACCCGAUUGCAUCGUGGUGACACUGCCACCACAACCGCAAGCUUUGGUCACCGAUCAUCGGCAACCACUCAAGAGUCGCGCAUCCUGCCACUUCGUUUCCGCCGGAACAGCGUUGCAAGCCCAGCUUCACCAACCGAGACAUCUCAGGGUGGAUUACUGGAUUUGCCUUAUGACAAUACCCAACCUCGUUCUAGCGACGUGCUCCACCGAGCUGCCACUGCAGCUGCCUCGACCCGUGGAAGAUAUGACCCUCGGUACCGCAACACCCCCGAUCGUCGACAAAUUCCGCAUGAGAGCGAUGCCGAUAACUGGGUGCCACCACCUCCUCCAUAUCAACGUGAAACGGAUGUACCUUUGCCGGAUGACCUACGGAGGACACUUCUCCCAAGACCGUCUGUCAAUUCUCACUUCACCGAUGCUGUUCACCAGCCCGAACGAUCACAAACGACUCGGGUGGUGCGCCCGGCUUCAACCAUUCGUCAACGCCCCCAGUCAGUUAUCAUACAGAGACUAGGUACUCUCACCGGUCCCAGGCGUAGAGGAAGUUCCAUUGGCAGAGAGGUCCACUACUUUGGCCAAGAGCAAUAUGAGGCUGCCCCUCGCCCUCGAGAGCCUUCCAUUGAUAACAUCUCGCCUGGAGCACACGGGUCUGGUUCACGCCCUGUGACAGCAGCAUCAAUGACACAGCAUCAGGCAGCAAUACAGGCUCCGCCCACCUUGACGGUACAGCCAGCCGAACAAGUGUCGCCUGAAAGUACCAUGCCUCUCCCCUAUCUGAGAGCCUCUGCACUCGGUGAUGCACUGGGCGAUGCCUACUUCCCGUACUCGGUGUCCUCUCCAAACCUCCUCCACAUUCCCCAACCAUAUGGUGAUAUACAUGGCAUACGAGACGAUGACCAGGACAUACCCCAAAGGCAGCGGUCUUUUCACCGACGGGCCUCCACUGAGCCGACUAGCCUUCCACCGCCCGAGAAUGAAGAAUGGCGAAGGCGUAUUCAGGAUUGGAAUGACCAUACCAUCAAAGCACGAGGUCGCAAGCGAAGGGGGAAAUGCAUUCUCAUGUAG